AUGCAGGAACAAGAACGUUUUGAACGUUAUACACCACAGUUUCCUCUACCUGCCGAUAUUUCAACUAUGUCUCGUGAAGAUACUGUCUGUCAAUUUUGUGGUGUUUCAUAUUUAAUUCAUAAUGAAAUAAAAGCACUUGAAGCUAAAUGUCAAAAACUUGAAGCUGAUUUAGCUCAUUACGCUGGUACGAGUUCACGUGAAGCUGCUUUAGAACAAACUCUACAAACUGAAAGAACACGUAUUGCUGAUUUGGAAUCAACUAUUGCAAUUAAUAGUCACAAACUCAAUGAAAUGACAAGAGAACUUCAAUUAGUACAAGAUCAAUUACAACACUCAGAAAUGUCUCAUCAUGAAAUAAAAACAUCUUUCGCACACUGUUCAUUGAAUCUACGAACAAUACGUAAUCAAGUUGAAACUAUUCGAAAUGAAUAUUCACUCUUAAAAGAUUUCUAUUCAAAAGAUAUUCAAAAUUGGCAUAGUAACUUUCAAACAAUUAAAAAUUCACUACAAAAAGAAAUACAAACAACAAAUAAUGUAUAUAUUAAACAAAUAAAUAAUUAUCAGAAAGAUAUUGAACAAUAUCAUGAACAACUUAAUGAAAGUAAACAAUCUUUACGUGCUUUUCAAGUCAAACAUCAACAAUCACAACUUGAUUCAAAAGAAUUACAUACAAAAACACAAAAUGAUUUAGAAACAGCUCAUGAAGAAAUUCAGAUACAUAAAAAUGAACUUUCUCGUGUGCGUCAACAAUUGUCACAAAUUGAACAGAGUCGAACACAAUUACAAAAUGAAUUAGAACAAAUGAAACAACAAUGUCGACAAUUCGAACAACAAAUAUCAGAUAAAGAUGAAUCAAAAAAGAAUAUUGAUCUUGUUGUUGAUCAAUAUCGACAACAAUUAACUAAUGAAAAAGAAUUACGAACAAAGACAAAUUCUGAGUUAGAAAAUGUUCGAUUGAAACUAACGCAAUUAACUAAUGACUAUGAACAAUUAAAAAUAUCGAAAAAUGAAUUUGAAACAAAUGAAGUAAAUACUCGACGAAAAAUGGAUGAAGCGAAUCGAACACGACAAGCUGUUCUUGAUCGAACAAGAGAUGAAUAUGAAAAAUUAUUAAGAAAAUAUAAUGAUCUUGAUGAAGUUUACCGUGAAUUAGUUACCAUUCGAGAAAAAGAUACUUCAGAAUCUUCGAUAAUUCGUCGUGAACUUGAAAAUUUACAUACUGAAAAUAUUGAAUUAACUAAACAAAAAGAAACACUUUGUAUUACACAUGAUCUACAAAUAAAAAAACUUCAUGGUAAUUAUGCAACUAAAUUACGUGAAGCUGAACAAUGGCCUGAUCGUCUUCAAACAGAAUUAAAACAUGAACGUGAACAACAUCGAAUACAAAUGAUUGAAUUAGAACGGCGUCUUAAAGAAAAUUUUUCAGCUGAAUUAGAUAUUGAAAAACAAAAAACAAGUGGUCUCUUACGUAAAUAUGAACAAGAUAGUGGUCAUUCAACACAACAACUUCGACAUGAAUUAAUUUCAACUGAAAAAGUAACGAUUGAACAACGUCAAUAUUACGAACAACAAAUUGAACAACUUCAACGAGAUAAAAAUGAUUUAAAAAAAGAAUUAGAUACAUUGAGAGAUGUUUUGAAAGAAUUACAUCAACAAAUGAAUAAUCAAGAUUCAUUGAAUAAUGAUCGAGGUCAUGGUUUAAAAUUAAAAGAAGAUUUAUUAGAAAAAGAAAAUAAUUUAUUUCAAGCACAAUCAACUAUAACUGAAUUGAAAAAAGAUUUAGAACAAGCACGAGAAGAAAUGAUAACAUUACAAGAAACAGUACAUAAAGAAUGUACAGAACGUGAACAAUUAAAAGAUGCACUUAUUGAAGCACGUCAACAGUUAUUAUCAUUGAAAAAGAAUGGUGUUCUAAAUGGAACAGCAUCUCGAUCUCUUCAUUCUCCACCUGUAGCUUUUGAAGAAAUUGAACGACGUGUUUCUGGUCCUCUUCCAUAUUCUCAUCCACAAAAUCAACAAUUAGCAUCUAUAGCUCAUAAUAAAAAUUCUUCUUACAUUCAUUCAGAACCGCCAUCACGUGAUAGUAGUAUACAUGGUGAUGCUGCUGAUACUAUCGCACGACCAAUGUCUUCAACACAUAAUAUUCCAUAUCGUCAUAAAACUUUACCACCUAUACAUCCACAGCAGCAACAACGUCGUAAUGGAAGUGGUCCAGCAUCAAAUAAAUCUGAGCAAUUAUUAGAAAAUCAACGACGUAUUGCACGUUUUAUUAAAAAUAUCAAAUAA